AGAAAAUAAAACAGAUCGAAAAAGGGAGAAAAAGUAGUCCCUGCAUAAACCUCUUUUGAUUUCUUUUUUCUGUAUAUUCCUGCAGCUACGUUACGCACGUAUACGUUUACUACCACUACAUACAUACGUACAAACUCCAUCUCGCGGAACUACCGUUCAUCGCGCACCGCCGCACCCGCACCCGAACCAAUCUUUUACCUGCAUUACUUUCUCCACCAACAAUAGCACAACACAAACACACAAUACACAGCGCAUACAUAACACACAUAUUCACCUCUACAUAACCCUGAAGUAUCAAACCCGCACAAUGCCCCGCUUCCUCAAACGCAUCUUCCCAGACCACCUCUUCCGCCGCGACGCCACCUCAACAACAGAUGUAAGCCAGCUGCAGCGCUCACGCCGCGUGCUCGUGCGGCCGUCGACAAAUGCGCUGUACGAGUCUUCUGCGUCGAACUGGCGGUUAGGUGUUUUUUACGAGGGAGAAGGGGAGACGGGGCGCGAGGAGCGGCGCGCGUUGAGGGAUGGGGCGAGUGUGGCUGAGAGUGAGGCUGUUGGUCUGGAGAGCGGGUUUGCGGAGGUGCCGCAUGAGCAGUUACCUGGGCGCAAGGAGAGUCGCGCGAGGAGGAGGUUGAGUAAGAGGCAUAGGAUGCCUGUUUGAAAGAGAGUCUGUGAAGAUAUGUGUGGUGUUCGUGAGAUUGAAAGGCCGUAUUGGCGUCACAGAGGUCGCUGGAGGGGAGUAUGGCGCU